AUGGCGGGCAUUCGCCUGACCGGCAAUCCUCGUCUUCAGUGGGCUCUUUACUAUGAUAAGGAGACCCCGACCCAGUGUUAUGACCGCCUAACUGAUGUAAGCGUACCAUUCGAUGCAAUCAUGCCCACCCGGCCCUUUGCAGUCCCAUCGGAGCAGUUCAACGCCGAUAUUGCACGAAUGCCGCAGAAGAUAAAAGUUACAUGGAUUUCCCGCUCGACGCAUCAAUUGCCAUACGAGCGGCCAGAUGAAUGUAUGGAGGCAGUUUCUUCCUGGCUUCAAGACAUGUCUCGUGGGAGGGAGCACUAG